GUCAAUGAUAGAGUCCAAAUCCACGUCCUGAUCGGCCAUGGUGUAUUAAAUCCAACGAGAGACGAAGGCAAAAGAAACAAAAAAAAAGAUUAAUUAAACAAGCGUCUUGCGACGAAAAAAAAGAAAGGAGGUGAGAGGAUGGUGAACGGAGAGGUCGGUAGAGGUAGGAUAGAUGGAUUACGCGGCGCCUAUGGACUAUCACAAUCAGAAAAGGAUAUUAGAAAAGGUUUCGAGAUCACGAGUUGGAUCGCUGGGAGGAUCCAAAUGGGUAGUUCCCGCACGAAGACGCGUGCACAAUGCGCCCGGGGAAAUUUUCAUCGACGGUUGAUAGCGAGCAAGUGAAAAACGAGCUCGAGACGGCGGAGGCAGGCUCUGUGGCCUGGGGGGAUGGAGGAGGGGGAAAGAUUGGGCGGGUCGAAGGCGAGACGCAGUGAGAUCCGUGGUAAAUCGAAUACGUAGUCAAGACAGUGGACGACGAGGCGCGUUGAUAACGAGUAGAUGCGGCUCCGGGGGGGCAGACGCUUAAGAGACUGAAGUGUUGAAGAACUCACUGGUUACCUGCCGGUCUGGUCUGGCUCAGUCGUGGGGGGAAAGGGAGAAGAAAAAAAAA